GCCGCGCUAUCCAGCUCUAAAGCCGCGCUACCCCACACCGCCUUAUCUUCGCCAUGACGCCAACCGCAAAGCCAUCCACCUCACUCUAGGUCUCUAGCUGCUCGCCAAAGUUUACAGCUUGAUUUACGGGAGCCCCCUCGAGCUUUCCUCGGCCAAUGGAGGAGCUCCUGCUGCGCCACGCCGGCCUCCCGAGGCCGGUGGCGCCGCGCCGCCGGCUACGCGUCGUCGCCGUCGCGCUGCGGACCAGGCCGACCAGCCUCGCCGUACCGGGCCUCCCGCCCGCGCCCGCGUCGCCGCCGCCGUUGCCGGCGCAGGCGCAGGCGCCGGAGCCCGUGCUGCCGUCGCCGCCCGUGGCCGCGGACGCCGCGGCGGUGCUGCUGGCGGCGGGCGUGCCGCCGGCGGACCUCCGACGCGCGGCGGGGAUGUGCCCGGAGCUGCUGUCCGUGCCCGCGGAGGCCAUCGCGGCCGCGCUCCGGUUCCUGACGGAGGAGGCGGGCGUCCCGGAGGCCGACCUCCCGCGCGUUCUCCGGCGCCGGCCGCGCCUGCUCGUGUCCCCCGUCGCGGCGCGGCUCCGGCCGACGCUCUACUUCCUCCGCGCGCUCGGCGUCCCCGACCUGCACCGCCGCGCCGACCUGCUGUCCUUCUCCGUGGAGGACAAGCUGCUGCCGCGGAUCGAGUUCCUCGAGUCGCUGGGCCUCCCCUCCCGCGCCGCGCGCUCCAUGGCGCGACGCUUCCCGGCGCUCUUCGGCUACGGCGUGGAGGGGAACAUGCGGCCCAAGGCGGAGUACCUCCUGGGCGCCAUGGGCCGCGACGCCGACGAGCUGUUCGAGUUCCCGGAGUACUUCUCGUACGCGCUCGCCACGCGCAUCGCGCCGCGCCACGAGGCGUGCGCGGCGCGCGGGGUCAGGCUGCCGCUGCCCGCCAUGCUCCGGCCCGGGGACGCCAAGUUCCGGGCCACGCUCGCCGGAUGCGUCGGGUCAACGCCUCCCCGGAGGCGGUCGCCGCUAUGGCACGCCACGUGGGUGGACGACGACGGCGGCGACGACCACCACCACCACGCCGGCGCGGUGGCGAAGGAGGCCGCAGCGGCGGUGUGACGGCCGGCCGGACGGCGUCGAUCGACACGCGCAUUGGUAGCGGGGCGAGUGGUUCUGGGUGGUGUAACAUGUGCAUACGGAUUGGCAUUGGCUGCUUGUAACUUUGUAAGUAUGGUACAAUGAAUCUAGUUGGUUCCAUUGUGCCGCGACAUGAUGUGAACAAAGGCAUUGGCUACUUACGUUGCAUAGAACUGAAAUGAGAUACGUAUGUCAUAGAA